AUGGAUACCUCGACCCAGCUUUCUCCUCAGAAAUCCCUGAAAAAAGGCAACUGGCUACCAGCAGAAGAUCAGCGGCUCCGCAACGGGGUCGCCAAACAUGCUACUCGCUGGGUCCUGGUUGCAGGCGAAGUCGUCACUCGGAAUGGAGAUCAAUGUGCGAAGCGAUGGAAGGAAAAACUGAACCCGGAGCUGGAUCAUAGUCCGUGGACGUCAGAAGAGGAAACUCAUUUGCUGGAAUUAGUUGAUCGAUACGGUCGCAAUUGGAAAUUCAUGGCCGACUUUUUUCUUGAAGCGCGCGCUCCGUUGGCGCUCAAAAACCGGUACGCGUUGCUGAUGCGCCGACUUAAACGACAGGGCUCGGGAUCUACUGGAUCCACUGAUGUCGGUACCUUCGAUGUCCCCGCCCAUGCAGCCCUGGUCUUGCCAAUACCCGCCACUUGUGUCUCGCCAAUCCACGACAUCGUUCAUACUGCGACUGCGUUGAUAGAGAACGAAAUCUCUAUCGAGUCAAUCUUGGGCACUUCGCCUAAAAUUUCAGCUUCUUCGUCGACGAUCUCUUUCCCGAACGGGAUCAGUUCUUCUAUGGAAAAUGUCACCGCGGAAUUCCCUCCAAUAGAUACCCUCGGGCCUGCACAGGCAACAUGCAAAAGUGCUGCUAUUGCCUGGGACGGCGAAAAUGUCGACUGGCAGCAGGUUAUCCUAGACAGCAUGAUGGACCUAGAUGGAGUCGAGCCUAUUAUAAGCAAUCCCUGGGAGGGUAAUAGUGCUUCCAAAAUAGCGGUGGUCUCGACUGAGUCCGCACGGCCCUCAUAUUACAGCGACUCAAGUGAGAGAAGCUCUUCCCGGAGGAGUCAAGAGGACAGGUCCUCUAACAGCGACGGCAGUAGUAUGACUUCUGGUUCUAAGGUCAAGUUCUCUAUCACAUGCCAGCGAGGCAAGCUAAAGUCGGUUGUGAAGCAUAUGGUCGACGCGGCUAUGGCUGAGAGUGGUGAAUUGGCGACGGAAGAAGAUCAGGUUACGUUAACUUUGCAGUUAAAAGGCUGA